GCCCGCCGCAGCGUGAACACCGCUUACCGCGCACUGGAGAGUCCGAGCGAAAAUAGAUGUAGUCAGUGUCAGUGGCGGCGCGGUGGGUAUUUUCAGAGGCAUCAGGUGUCCACGAGUCUUUGUCGUCUCCAGCUCAACUCGUUGUGAGCAAUGUUCAGUUUUUUCAAACGCGGUAAAUCCAAAGAUGACGGCGAAAAGAAGGAUAAACCUAAAGAAAAAUCUUCCUUUUCGCCUUUCGCGAAGCGUAACGAUUCGAAAAAAGAGCCGCCUCCCGCAACUCAUUCCGUCCAACCUUCAUCGUCUUCUGAUUCCAGCUUGAAUCUGGGGAUAUCAGACAUUCAAUCGUCGAAGGAAAUCUUGAAACCCCCACCAGAAACUCCCGUUCCAAACGUCGACACAGAAUCCCAGCACACGAACAACACACCACACUCGAACUCCAAUGAAGGAUUUCAGGCAAAUGUGGAAACACCGAGCGACCGCUUUCUGACCCCCAAAGACGAACAACAAUACUUGGCUCCCAUUGAAUUGCCGACACUUGCAGAGUCGCCCUCGCCCAGACCGAGUCCAGUGGCCAGUGAAGACGACGGCUUCCGGACCGAAGACUCCGUGACAAGUGACGUGUUCGAGCGAGCCGGAAGUAACGUUAGUAGCGGAAGUGGUGACCGCACUGACAGUGAUAUCGUAUUUAAAACCGCACCGAAUACCCCAGUGUUGUCGAAGCAUUUGACGGUAGUGUCCAGUGAAGUAGUGAUAGAUUCGCCUGAUUUUUCGGAUUUAGUGGUAAAUCUUUCGGAAGAUUCGAGAGGUCCUCUCGGGGCAAAUUUGGACUUCCCCAGUGCGGACGGGGAGGAAAGCUGCGACACCGAAUCGGAACCCGUUACAGAAGUUCCUGAACCCGAAGAGGAUAAAAAUUGUUCGAUGGAAAGAAAGAUUUGCGAAGGAAUGUCUCACAAUCCCGGAGAGCUGUACGACAUAGCGGAGGAGAUUAGUGAAGAAGAGGAGGAGGAAGUGCAGUCGGAGGACCAGGAGGAGGAGGAGGAGGAGGAUAACGAAGAUGAAGAUGACGAUGAUGACGAAGAAGACAGUGGAAAUGUCACCCAGCCAACCAUAGAAGAGGAAUACCCGGAAGAGAUUGUCAAGAAGAACUUUGUGAACCAAGAGACGCAGAUCCAGGAGAAGGUGGGAGACCUGGCGGCUCGUCUGUGCGCUCGAGAACUGGAGUCCAACAAGCUGCUGUGUCAGAUAGACGAGCUCCAGCACGACGUCAUGGUCAAGUCAGGCGGCAUGGAUCGGUUGCAAGCAGAGCUCAAUGCGGCCCACAAGGAAUCAGAGUUUGUUCGCAAACGACUACGGAAACUAGAAGAAGAUUUGGAUUCAUUCAAACAAAAAAAUACAGAACUCACAGAAGAGCUUCAGAAGAGAUCAGGAGAAAUGAACGAGUCUGAUGGUUUUGAUUGGAAUCACCUGCUGGAGCUGGAGGAGCAAGUGAAAGAUUUGACAGCAAGGGUGAAGGAUCUGGAGUCUCAGCUAGAAACAGUGAGGGUAGAGAGAGAUCGGUUGGAAAAGGAAGCUAGAGAGUUGGAGGUUGAGAGAGAAGAGGAACGGCGAAUUGUACAAGAGGCUUUGGAUGAAGCAACAGCUGAAAAAGAAGCAAUCCAAGAAAGGUUUGAGAAGGACUUUGAGAAACUGCGAACAGUAAACACAGACAGAGAGCAGCAGCUUCUGGAUGAUUUUGAGUGGAAACUGCGGGAGGUGGAGCAAGCAUGCAAGCGGAGAUUGGACGAGAAGGAAAAGUUUGCCAAACAGAGAAUAAAAGCUGCCGAAGACAAACUGAAAGCUGUUGAGGAGGACCUAGCCCAGCUAGAGAGGUUGAAACAGUUUGAAGCAGAGGCAUCGCAACUGCGAGGUUUGAACUUGGAACAGCAGCGUGCCCUGCGCUUUGCUGAGAGAUCCCGAGAGCAGCUUCAGGUCAGCGAAAAGGUCUUGCAGGAGGAGGUCAAAAAACUUAAGGAACUCUUGGAUAAGGAAAAGGCUGCCCUUACUACCAUGCAGGCAAUUCAUAACAGGGAGAUAGAUGAAAAGGACAGGAAGAUGAAAUUUAGACUUGAACAACAAAAGACUGAUUUAAAUAGUCAGUGGGAAGAAAAAUUAAAAAAAGAAACUAUAAGACUGAAAGUUGAGUUGGAUGAGAUAAACCGCAGAGAGAAACGACUGACAUUAGAAGCUGCAAGAGUUGAGAAAGAAGGAGAGCUUUUAAAAGCUAAGGAAAAAUGGGAGAAAAAGUUUCAGGAUUUGAUAAAGGAGAUUGACGUGUUAAAGCAGAAAAUGGAGGACAAAGAAGAGGAACAUAAAAAGAACAUUGAUACCAUCCGAACCAAUGCAGAUCGGGACAUUUUUGAACUCAGAAGGAAGUUAGACAGAAUAGACUUGUCAUAUCAAGAAAAAAUAGACAGAAUACAAAAUGAUCAUGAGAGGGAAAAAGAGAGGCUAACAGAGGAGGCGGAGCGCAAGUUGCAAGGUUGUGAGCAGAACUGGCAACUGCAGCUAGGAUCCACUCGCACUACCUUGGAGCUGGUCAAGGAACAACUCAAGCGAGAGGCAGCCGAUCAGUUGCAGACUUUACAUGACAAUCACCGACGUCAGCUAGAGGAGCAAUGGGAGCAGCUGACUCAGGAGCGGGACGAGGCAAUUGCUGCGCUCGAAGCACGACAUCGCUCCAACUCUGAGAAGAUGAGGGCCGAGCUGGACACCGUCCACAAGUGUCGCAACUCCAGAGAACAAGAGUUGGUGGAAAUGGUGACCAAAAUGCGCCAUGAAAUCUGCGGAAAAACAAUCCUCAUUGGGGAUCUGUCUAAUCAAGCUGAGUCUCUGAAGAACAACAUUCAGGACCUCAACCAACAAAUCAUUGGUCAUGACCAAAAGUUCCAACAGACCAAAGAAGAAAAUGAGAAAAAACUCAGACUGAUGGAGGAUUGUCACAAGCAAGCCUGUGCGGAGCUAGCCGCCAGCCAUCGACAAGAGACGGAUCGGUGGCGGGUCUCCGCAGAGCAACUACAGGCUAGAGUGUCCGAACUCACCAAGCAAAUUGAAGAAAGCAAGGACUCAAAGCUGGUGGAAGACCUGAGGAAAGCCCUGAGUGAUAAGGAACACCAGGUCGCGCAACUGAGCAAGGAGAAACACUUGUACCAACUAGAGCUGAUGAACCGAAACUGCCACAGUGAGACUGUGACCGCACGGCAACGGAGGAAAAAUGGGCGCGGUAAACCCAACACGAAGCCAGGGCCAUCACGGGCACAGCAGAAGUAGCAAUAAUGCUACACCUCCUACCACAACCAUUCUAGUCAUUAAGGAACUGAACUUGCUAUUUUUGUAUAUAUUAUGUUACGAUAUUACCAUAAUGUUAUUGCUUAUAAUGUACACAUGAACACUAUGGUACUUUUUUACUGAUAAUAAAAUUGUGCGUUAAGUUUA